AUGGCCUCUAUAGGAUAUGUCUUGCUUCUUUGUGGGGUGACGCAAGUCUUAUCGAGUUAUCCAAUCUGGUGGUCUCUGGCGAUCGGCCACCAAUAUUCCUCUCUGGGAACACAACCCAUUUUGUGCGGGAGCAUCCCCGGCCUCGUGCCCAAGCAGCUGCGCUUCUGCCGGAACUACGUGGAGAUCAUGCCCAGCGUGGCCGAAGGGGUGAAAAUCGGCAUCCAGGAGUGCCAGCACCAGUUCCGGGGAAGGAGGUGGAACUGUACCACCGUCAACGACAGCUUGGCCAUCUUUGGGCCGGUGUUGGAUAAAGCCACCAGGGAGUCGGCCUUCGUCCACGCCAUCGCCUCUGCCGGCGUGGCCUUCGCGGUGACCAGAUCCUGUGCCGAAGGCUCGGCCACCAUCUGCGGUUGUGACACGCGACACAAGGGCCCUCCUGGAGAAGGCUGGAAGUGGGGGGGCUGCAGCGAAGACGUGGAGUUCGGGAGCAUGGUGUCCCGGGAAUUUGCAGAUGCUCGAGAGAACAGACCAGAUGCUCGCUCGGCCAUGAACCGACACAACAAUGAAGCCGGAAGGACUUCCAUCAUCGAGCACAUGCACCUCAAGUGCAAGUGUCACGGGCUGUCGGGCAGCUGCGAGGUGAAAACGUGCUGGUGGUCCCAGCCCGACUUCCGGGUCAUCGGGGACUACCUGAAGGACAAGUACGACAGCGCAUCCGAGAUGGUGGUGGAGAAGCACCGGGAGUCGCGCGGCUGGGUGGAGACCCUGCGGCCCAAGUACAACUUCUUCAAAGCGCCCACGGAGCGGGACCUCGUCUACUACGAGAAUUCGCCCAACUUCUGCGAGCCGAACCCCGAGACCGGCUCCUUCGGCACCCGUGACCGCAUCUGCAACGUCACCUCGCACGGGAUAGACGGGUGCGACCUCUUGUGCUGCGGCCGCGGGCACAACACGCGGACUGAGAAGCGCAAGGAGAAGUGUCACUGCAUUUUCCACUGGUGCUGCUACGUCAGCUGCCAAGAGUGCGUACGGGUGUAUGACGUCCACACGUGCAAGUAA